AUGUCGUCCUCGAAGUCACCCGCAGACAAUCCCGCCAUCAUACCCGAUCCCAACCAGAACGGCUCCAUCAUCCGCAAAGCCUUCCUCCUCGAAGCCAUCGCUAACCUCUUCACAAUUCCGCUCAUAUCAAAUACGCGCUUUAUCCUGUCUCUCUUGCUCUUGCAUCCCUCCGACAUCAACCCGGCUUCCAUCCUAUUCGCACGACUCUUCGGCGGCAUCAUCGUCGGAGGCCUGACGUCCGCGUUGCUGAUCGGUGCUACCAAUAGCUGGAAUGGAAUCGAAUUCCGCAGGACGACGUAUGUUUUGUUGGGCCUCGGGGAGGCGUUCUUGAUUCCGAUGCUGGCGUUGGAAGCGGCGAAGGGAGGGAGGGACGCGGCGUUGAGUACGACGGUCGCUGUUGGUAGCAUUGGAUUGCUGCUGCCACCGCUGAUGUGGCGAGGCUACUUUUUAUUCGUGAGGCCGGAUUUUAUCAUGCUUUGGGAUCGAUCUUUUGAACCCAUUACAAUCAUACAUUUAAUCGACUGUCGGUAG